AUGGUCAAUUUUCAGAAAGAGAUCUUGCUAAAAAGUAUAAAACGACCAAAGGCAUCAAAUGGAUGGCUAGACCGGUUCAAGAAAAGACACGAGUUGCUAUUUAAAACUAUAAGUGGAGAAAAGAAUUCAUCUGACCUUUCUACGGUUUCCAAUUUUUUUGCUGAUUAUGACAACUGUUUGGAAACUGUAGGAAGUGAAAAUAUUUUUAACUGUGAUGAAACAGCUUUAUACAUAAAGCGAACGCCGUCGAAAUCUUUUGUUCAAUUUAAUGACAAAUGCAAUGGAAUUAAAAUGAGCAAAGAGAAAGUUACCCUUCUCCUUUGUUGUAAUGCACUUGGUGAAAAGUUAAAACCUCUAUUAAUUGGAAAAUUCAAAUCUCCUAGGUGUUUAAAAAAUUUUAACGCUGAGGAUCACGGAGUACUAUAUGCUGCAUCAAAAAAUUCGUGGAUGACUAGUGAUAUUUUUGGGAAAUGGUUAUGGAAAGUAAAUCAAGAUAUGAUCAAUGAAAAGAGAAAAAUUGUCUUAAUACUGGAUAAUGCGAGCUGUCACAGAAAUACAGAAUAUUCCAAUGUUUAUUUACUUUUUCUUCCCAAAAAUACGACCGCUUUAAUUCAACCCCUAGAUAUGGGAAUAAUAAAAUCCUUCAAGUCCCUCUAUUUCAAUAAACUGAUUGAUUUUACUCUUAUAUUUGAAAAAGAACAGCUUUCUGAUUUGAAUUUGAAUAAUGUCAAUCUUAGACAAGUCAUUACAGUUGUCGGGGAGGCAUGGAAAAUGAUGUCAGAGACAACGAUAAUUAAUUGCUGGCAGAAAAUAAAUGAAAACAGAUCAAAAAUUUCGGAUAAUGUACAGUUGGACGAAGAAUUAAUAGAUGACGUGAUUUCAGAUGUUAUUUCAAUGGAUUCGACAGAUAUUACAGUACGACCCCGGUUUGGGGCAGCAUUUUUAUCAUAG